AUGGACAGGAACAGAUUAGGUUUAAGGAUUCAUCACUCUGGAUCAUCACAAUCAGAGGAAUCGGCUUUAGAUUUGGAAAGAAACUACUGUAAUCAUCCUAAUUUGCCUUGGUUAAGUCCGUUGCCACUUCAACCUUUUGCUUCAGGUGGGCAGCACUCAGAGAGUAAUGCUGCCUACUUCUCCUGGCCCACGUUGAGUCGACUAAAUGAUGCAGCAGAAGACAGGGCAAACUAUUUUGGAAACCUCCAGAAGGGGGUGCUGCCAGAAACUCUUGGGAGGCCAACAGGGCAGCGAGCUACCACCUUACUUGAGCUGAUGACCAUUAGGGCAUUUCAUAGCAAAAUAUUGCGGCUGUUUAGUCUUGGCACAGCAAUUGGAUUUCGAAUCCAGCGUGGUGUUUUGACGGAUAUUCCUGCAAUUCUUGUUUUUGUUGCCCGUAAAGUUCAUAGGCAAUGGCUCAGCCAUGCCCAGUGCCUACCUGCGGCCCUUGAGGGACCAGGAGGUGUAUGGUGUGAUGUUGAUGUUGUAGAAUUCUCUUAUUAUGGUGCUCCUGCAGCAACUCCUAAGGAACAAUUGUAUACUGAGCUUGUAGAUGGCUUGAGAGGAAGUGACCCAUCCAUUGGCUCUGGAUCUCAGGUUGCUAACCAAGAGACCUAUGGAACCCUGGGUGCUAUUGUGAAAAGCCGAACAGGUAACCGCCAGGUUGGUUUCCUCACAAAUCGGCAUGUUGCAGUUGAUCUGGACUACCCAAACCAGAAAAUGUUCCAUCCUUUGCCACCAAGCCUUGGACCUGGGGUGUAUUUGGGUGCUGUGGAGAGAGCAACCUCAUUUAUCACUGAUGAGCUUUGGUAUGGCAUAUUUGCUGGAACAAACCCAGAAACAUUUGUCCGAGCAGACGGGGCCUUCAUUCCUUUUGCAGAAGAUUUUAACAUGAACAAUGUAACUACAGCUGUCAAAGGUGUUGGUGAGGUUGGUGAUGUCCAUGUUAUAGAUUUGCAAGCUCCAAUUAAUAGUCUCAUUGGAAGGCAAGUGGUCAAAGUUGGAAGGAGUUCUGGCUUGACUACUGGGACCAUAAUGGCCUAUGCACUAGAGUACAAUGAUGAGAAAGGGAUUUGUUUCUUUACCGAUUUUCUCGUUGUUGGUGAGAACCAACAGACAUUUGAUCUUGAAGGUGAUAGUGGAAGCCUAAUUCUGUUAACGGGUCAGAAUGGUGGGAAGCCACGGCCAGUUGGGAUCAUUUGGGGUGGUACAGCUAAUCGUGGUCGGUUGAAGCUUAAAGUUGGCCAACCCCCAGAAAAUUGGACUAGUGGAGUUGAUCUUGGUCGCCUUCUUGACCUCCUUGAACUUGAUCUCAUCACAACCAACGAGGGGCUUCAAGUUGCAGUUCAAGAUCAAAGAAAUGCAUCGGCGCCAGGAAUAGAUUCUACUGUUGGAGAGUCAUAUCCUCUGGACCGAGUGCCAUCAAAAGAAAAAAUUGAAGAAAACUUUGAACCUCAAAAUUUAAACAUUCAGCAAGUGGUAGUUGAAGGUGAGUCCCAGCAAGGACAGACCCCACCCUUCAUUGGCCCUGAAUUUCAUAUAGAAGAUGGGGUAGAAGCAGCUCCUAAUGUGGAACAUCAAUUCAUCCCAAGUUUCUCAUGGAGAUCUCCAAUGCAUGAUAACACACCACAGGAAAGCCCAGAACUGAAAAACCUCUCAGCAUUAAGGAGUGACUCUGAUGAGGAGAUGCGUUUUUCGCUGCAGUUAGGUGAGCCUGAACCAAAGAGAAGAAAGCAGUCAGAUUUACCUUUUAGCAUUGAGGAAUCAAAAUGA